GCCGCCGCCGCCGCCGCCGCCGUCAGUGGUGACUGCACGGCCGCACGUGCAGCAGCGAGGUGCGCCCAAAGAGUGCUGGUGCCAUUCGGAGGGCGCCGCGGGGACUGAGUGGUCCAGUGUGCCAGAGAAACGACACGAUGAGGGCGGCGAUGAGAGCUGCCGUACUGCUGAGUGUGCUGGCCGUGUGUGCGUCGGCGGCCGACCGGCCCACUCCUCCCUCCACAUUCUCCCCCUCCACAUUCUCCCCCUCGACAUACUCCCCCUCCACCUACUCCCCCUCCGCCCCCUCGACAUACUCCCCCUCCGCCCCGUCCUACCCGUCGACCCCGGCCUCUGUGCCAGCGGUCCCGGCCGGCUCUGGCUCCGUCGGCGGACUCUUCAGCGGCUCCGGCUCCGGCUCCGGCUCCGGCUCCGGCUCCGGCUCCGGCUCCGGCUCCGGCUCCGGUUCCGUCGGCGGGUUCUUCAGCGGCGCCGGCGGCUUCCUGCCCUCGCUGAUCCGCGGCAUCGGCGGCUCCAUCGGCGGCACCAUAGGCAGGAUCUCGCAGUACGACUGGUCCAACCUCUGGAAUAACCAGACGGCCAACAUGAUCAUGCGCGACGACCACGAGAAGAGUAAGUGUUACGACGACAUCGGGUGCGUCAACUACACGGACGCGUGGUUCCACUCGCUGUACCGGCCUGUGAACUUUUUCCCGCUGGAGCGGCGCCUGAUCCCCACCCGGUUCUGGGUGCACACGCGCGCCCGGCCCGACUCGAACCUGACCAUCUCGGCCGGGGACGACAGAGCGCUGGAGCGGGCCGACUUCAGCGCCGACCGCGACACCAAGUUCAUCAUCCACGGCUUCCUCGACACGGGCACCGACGACUGGGUCCGGGAGAUGGCUCAGCGCCUGUUGGAUUACGGCGACUUUAACGUGAUCGCCGUGGACUGGCGGUACGGCUCACUGCCCAUGUACCAGCAGGCGCUGUCCAACACCCAGCUGGUCGCCAUGGAGACCGCCCACCUCAUCAGGUGGCUCCAGACGGCGCACGGCCUGAACGUGUCUCGGGUGCACGUGAUCGGGCACAGUCUGGGCGCCCAGACGGCUGGCUACGUGGGCGCGCGGGUGCCCGGCCUGGGCCGGAUCACCGGCCUGGACCCUGCCGAGCCCGGCUUCCAGUACAUGGCGCCCGAGGUGCGGCUCGACCCAAGCGACGCCCAGUUCGUCGACGUCAUCCACUCGGACGCCAGGAGCUUCAUAUCGUCCGGUCUGGGAAUGCUCCAGCCGUGCGGUCACGUGGACUUUUACCCGAACGGCGGCAAGGACCAGCCGGGAUGCAACUCUUACACGCACACGCUGGCCGCCUUCCUGGAGGGCAGUCUGGACGACUUCGAGAGCGAGCUGCUCGCCUGCCGGCACAUCCGGGCCGUGCGCAUCUUCACCGACAGCAUCGUCCAGAAGCCAGAGUGCUCGUUCGUCAGCCACGAGUGCAAGGACUUCGGCGACUUCAUGAAGGGAAAAUGUAGCACCUGUGGCAAGAACAGCGAACGUUGUGCGUCAAUGGGAUAUCACGCCGACAAAUACAUCUACAAGAACAAAACGCUGGUGCCGUUUUAUCUAACGACGUCCUCGAGAGCUCCAUACUGCUUGCGGCACUAUCGGAUCAACAUUCAGCUGGGUGACCCGGACAAUGACCAGCGCGAGGUCAAAGGUCACCUGGUGAUCUCCAUGUACGGCCCAAAGGGCCGGUUGGAGAGGUACCGACUGCCGAAAAAGGACUCGCUGACUCUCAAGCACGGCCAGACGUACAGUUUUUUGGUGCAGACGACGGUGGCGCUGGGGCCUGUGCACCGCGUGCAGCUCUCGUGGGACCGCCAGCGCGGCUCACUGCUGCAGAUGCCCUGCCUGCUCUGGUGUCCCGACACCAGCCUGGCCGUGUCGCACGUCACCCUUCUCGACAUGGACCUGCCGGACGGCGAUGACGACGCGGGCCAGACCUUCUGUCCCUCGGCCGCCGCACCGGUGCUUAUCAAAUCCGGCCAGGACCGCGUGACGCUCUACAACCAGACAAGCUGCGUGGACGGCCGCGCGGCGGCGGCCCCGCCGAGUCUGCGCGCCGCUCCCCCCUUCCGGCGGCGGCCGCUCAGCGCAGUGACACCUGGCGGCGACCGCCAGAGGCUCACCUUCCGGGAGAGGACGGUAGAGCCGGAACGACCCCGACUCCUCCGCAUCGUCCGGCAGCCCACCGAGAACAGAGGCGGUCUGCUCCAGCAUAUUCUCAGGCUCGUUGAAAACUUUUGAACUCUAGCGGUACCGUGACAUUUUCCGAAAAUACACUUUAUUCGGAAAGUUUCCAAUCGUACGUCAUAUGUAGGAAAUGAUAGUAAGACAGCUAUCUACGCUAGGCAAUAGCUGAAGCGUUGUGCCAGUUUACCUUCGGAUAUGGUGUUUUUGUUACAUAUUCAGGAGGUGUUUCAAGCAGUUUAUUUUCACGCUUGUUCAGCUGCUUGGUUUGUGAUGUUUUUGACACUGUGAGCAGCUCUGUUGGUUCAGUGUGUGCUCAGUGUAGUGUAACCUGUAGACAUUGCGUCUUCGUUUUUACUUGUACAUAUUUUUGAAAUAAUCACAACAUGAAGUCAAGUCAAACGCGACGCCUCAUAAUUCAAAAACGCCUUUAAUUCCACCAUUCUUGGAGCUGCAUGAUGCUUACUUAUUUACGUUUGCGCUGUUUUCCUCGGAGCUGCGCCUCACCAGUCUACAAUCGCCUACCCUCGUCGGUCACUUAGCAAAUCUAGAAUAGAAAAUCGCCAUCAGUAUGCCAGUUUUACGCGAUGUGAAAGUGGCGUAGCGUAAAAGAUACACAGCGAUACAGUGUUCGUAGGGAAUGCUUGUUUUUGCAUCACGUACGUACAGCCGCCGCACGUUUACACUGUAUACAGCACAUCCAACAUGACGGUUAUUUUGUUAUGAGCUCAUAUGAUACUGAACGCUUGCACGGUUCGAAAUAUAUAUAUAUUUUCUCAGCAAAA